AAUACAGACACGAAGAAGGCGGUACCCAAGGAAUGGCAGAGGUAGAAUAGUCGCGCAAAGGGAAGCGGGCGCCCAAGAGGAUCCAAUUUCAAGGUCAUUACACAACCGAAACAAAACAGCUGACAUCGGGUUCCAGGUCAUUCAAAUCAUCUAACCGUCUUAACUGUAGGUCAUUGCGGGCAGCCAAUGCACCGUUUGUAAACAUCCCGACUUUACCCCGACUUCACCACAACCCACACCGCCCCCCCCUGACCGGGGAGGGGUUGGACCCUGGCCGAGAUGGUGUUUCGCGCGUACACGGUCGAAAUGAACACUUCCUCCCAUGGCCCCGAGUUCACAACUUUCCGCCAGACCGUCUCCGGGGCCCCGCCCAAUGGCAGCUGGGAGGCGGUGGCCUUCACGCCUGGCAAUGGGAGCGCUGCGGCGGGCGAAGAGCUGCCCACCUUCUCCACGGCCGCCAAAGUGCGCGUGGUCAUCACCCUGGUGCUGUGCGUGGUGUCGGCGGUGUGCAACCUGGCGGUGCUGUGGGCCGCCAGCACCUCCCACAAGCGCCGGUCGCACGUGCGCAUCCUCAUCAUCAACCUGACGCUGGCCGACCUCCUGGUGACCUUCGUGGUGAUGCCUCUGGACGCCGUGUGGAACGUGACGGUGCAGUGGCUGGCGGGCGACCUGGCCUGCCGCCUGCUCAUGUUCCUCAAGCUGCUCGCCAUGUACUCGGGCGCCUUCGUCACCGUGGUGAUCAGCCUGGACCGCCAGUCCGCCAUCUUGGACCCGCUGGCCAUCAACGAGGCCAAGAAGAAGAACAAGGUCAUGCUGGCCGUGGCGUGGGCCAUGAGCGCCUUCCUGUCAGUCCCACAGAUGUUUCUAUUCCACAACGUGACCGUCACAGUCCCGGACAACUUCACUCAGUGCUCCACCCAUGGUAGCUUCACAGAGCACUGGCAGGAGACCGUCUACAACAUGUUCACCUUCGUCUGCCUCUUCCUGCUGCCGCUAGCCAUCAUGAUCUCCUGCUACACCCGCAUCCUGAUAGAGAUCUCCAAACGCAUGACCAAGGGGAACGCAUCGUCCAAGGAAGUGCACCUCCGCCGCUCCAAGAACAACAUCCCCAAAGCCCGGAUGCGGGCUCUGAAAAUGAGCAUCGUCAUCGUGGUGUCCUUCAUCGUCUGCUGGACGCCAUACUACCUGCUGGGCCUGUGGUACUGGUUCUUCCCGGACGACCUGGAGGAGACCGUGUCGCACUCGCUCACCCACAUGCUCUUCAUCUUCGGCCUGUUCAACGCCUGCCUGGACCCCAUCACCUACGGCCUGUUCACCAUCCACCUCCGCAAGCGCGUGAAGCGCUACUGCCACAGCGCCGCCGUGCUGGUGGAGUCCGACAACACCGACGUCACCGGCUCCUUCCGCUGCUCGUCCUCUCCGCUGCGCCUCAGGCGGGAGGAGGGGGGGGUGGAGGAGGAGACGGAAAGGAAGUCCGGUUGCUACGGCAGCUACCUGACCGUCCGCUGCAAUGGAAGGGAGGAGCCCAGCCAGUCCAGCCCAAACAGCAUGAUAUGA